AUGAAGUUCCGCCUGGGCCGUCCGCUGCUGCUGGCGGUGUUCUUCAUCAUCGUGAUAGUUGCCGACCAAGUACGCUGCGACGAGGAGCCACCGGUGGCAUCGGCCAAGCCGGUAAAGAAGAAGGCCAGGAAAAGCAAACCGACCAAGAAGGCGACGACGAAGAACCUAAGGAAGCCUCAGGAUCGUCCCCAAUCCGAUCGACCGCAGGCGGCUGCGCCGGAGUACGAUUCGGCGUACGAUUACGGUGAUAACUACGACUACGGAACGGACACCGACUACGAGGCGGAAAAUGGUCCCGGAACGCGUCGGACAGAAUCGCGCUUCCGCCAGCCGGACGAUGAAGUUCCGCGAGCACCGCAACCAACCACCACCACCACCACCACCACCCGAGCACCCGAACCGGAGGCGAUCGUGAACCCGUUCACUUGCUACUACGAAGACAAGUGGUAUCGCGAGGGGGAAGUCUUCCAAUCGGACUACCAGGGUUGCGCCACUUGUCGCUGCCGAAACGGGUCGGUGCAGUGUGACAAGGCGGACUGCCCACGGGUGAUUCCAACCACGUCGACAUCGACCACCACAACGACGACCACUACGACGGAAGCACCGGAGUUUGAUGCGUCGGCCGUUGGCAACCGUCUACCGGAAGCACCACCCGGUGAACCAGGCUUUCCAGGGCAGGCGGGACAGCCGGGCAUUCCGGGUACGCCAGGAAUUCCUGGCCCCCCGGGACCUCCAGGGCCAGCGCCGGACCUAUCCUUCUACACCCAGCAGCUGCAGGAGUCUAUGGGAGGAGCGGAUAAGGGUCCUGGGCCGGAAAACUUCCAAUUCAUGCAAGCACAGGUCGGUCCGGUUGGGCCGCGAGGACCUCCGGGACCGUCCGGUGCUACCGGGCCCCAGGGAUUCCAGGGAACUCGUGGUGAACCGGGUGAGUCGGGACCUCCGGGUGUUGGGGGACCACCGGGACCGCGUGGAUUACCUGGUGCACCAGGAAAGGACGGAGCAGCUGGAGACGAUGGUGAAACGGGCCCGCAAGGACCCGUCGGACUUCCGGGCCCUCGAGGUCUUCCCGGUAUGCCAGGUGUGCCGGGACUGAAGGGUCAUCAGGGAUUGCCGGGGCCUGAGGGUAUGAAAGGUGAAACUGGAGCACACGGUGAAAAGGGAUCGGUCGGAGCUAGCGGACCUUCCGGAGUGCCAGGUGCUGUGGGACCUGCUGGACCACGCGGAGAACGUGGACGAGAAGGGCCACCGGGACCCCCGGGACUGCGUGGAAUCGAUGGAAUCGCUGGACCUCCAGGUGCACCGGGACCUGUUGGAAAACCGGGUCCACCUGGUUUCCCAGGAAGCAAUGGCGCCAAAGGUGAUAUGGGAGCUGCCGGUCCGAAGGGAAGCCAAGGUCCACAGGGUCCGAGGGGUGAAUCUGGCCGGCCAGGGCAACCAGGUGAGCCAGGAUUGAACGGACCUCCGGGCAAGGAUGGAAUAGCUGGAGAGAAGGGAAGCCCCGGUUCACCAGGAAUUGCCGGUCCACCUGGAUUCCCUGGAGCACGGGGUGCUCCUGGCGCAAAUGGAAGUCCCGGAGAUUCUGGUGCCAAGGGUGAACCUGGUUUGCCUGGAGAGCGAGGCUACAAGGGAGAGAGUGGACACAAGGGAGAAUCAGGUGUGCCAGGACCACGAGGAUUACCAGGAGCAGUUGGUCCGGAGGGCAAGCGUGGCAAACGGGGUAUGAAAGGACCAACCGGUCUCACGGGAGCUCAGGGUGAACGAGGACUGCCGGGUUCGCCAGGCCUACCAGGACCGGACGGUGCGCAGGGAGUGAAGGGUCAAUCGGGAGAUCGUGGCGCAAUGGGUCCCCAGGGUCCGAAAGGAUCCGGCGGUGAUCCAGGUCCACCGGGAGCACAAGGCAUACAAGGUCUUCGUGGCCAACCGGGACGUCCUGGAAUACAAGGAAAAGCGGGUACACCGGGAGAACGUGGAAUGCCAGGGGCCGAUGGAAAGGUAGGCGAAUCAGGACCACAAGGUCUGCAGGGUCUUCCCGGACCAAUGGGAUUACCUGGCGACAAGGGCUUCACCGGCGAACCGGGCAAGGACGGCGACAUUGGCCCUCCUGGUCCGGUAGGACCUCGUGGGGAUGCUGGCAAGGAUGGACCACCGGGAAUUCCUGGACCACCGGGACCGCCUGGCAACGAUGGUGAUCGUGGACCACCGGGUACUUCCGGACCGAGAGGUUUCCAGGGACUCCCGGGAACACCUGGAAAUCCUGGAGCACAAGGCAAAGACGGACAGAAUGGACCGCCUGGACAACCGGGUCCCGCUGGUCAACCUGGUAUCCGCGGUGAACGAGGAUUCCCGGGAGAACGAGGACCUGUAGGAACCCCGGGAACUCCUGGCCUUCGCGGUGAAACAGGAGCACAAGGAAACGAUGGGCCACCGGGCGCUCCUGGACCAAAUGGAAUGAAAGGACAUCAAGGAGCCCCGGGUAUGGUCGGCUUGCCAGGCCUGCGUGGUCCAGCUGGACCUGCCGGAGAGAAAGGCGAACGUGGAAGUUCGGGACCACCGGGACCGGAGGGUCCAGCCGGCCGUGUUGGUGAACGUGGUCUCCAAGGUCUCAUGGGUCCUCCAGGACCUCCGGGUGAACCGGCGGAAAAGGGUGAACCAGGAACGCCGGGAACUCCCGGUGAACCAGGUGCCCCAGGAGCGGUCGGUGAUCGAGGUGCGGUAGGCCCUCAGGGUCUUCAAGGCUUCCCCGGACCACAAGGACCUGUUGGAGUGCCAGGUGCCAAGGGUGACCGUGGCAACAUGGGGCUGAAAGGCGAACAAGGUAAUUCUGGACUUCCUGGUGUACCGGGAGAACCCGGACCGCAAGGAUUGAUUGGUUUAACGGGAUCGAAGGGAGCACGUGGAGAACCAGGGCUUCGUGGCGAAACGGGCCCCAUGGGAACUCCAGGACGGCCAGGAGAUCAAGGACCGAUUGGUCAAACUGGAAACCCAGGUUCCCCAGGAACCCCAGGAACACCGGGUCAGAAGGGUAACCCAGGUGACACUGGACGUCACGGAAACCCAGGACCGCCUGGUUUGCCUGGUCCGCAAGGUAUUGAAGGCAUCAAGGGAGAGGCAGGCAAUGAUGGACCACCUGGUCCACCAGGAAAUCAAGGACCGCAAGGUGUAUCCGGCGAUCGUGGUCUGCCGGGACUUCCAGGACCAAGUGGCGCGCAGGGCAUGCGUGGAUUGCGUGGUGCGGCCGGUGAACCAGGAACUCCCGGAAAGCCAGGCUCCGAUGGUCCUCCAGGUACACCGGGACAGCUGGGUCCACCGGGACCUCCAGGUCCGACUGGUGAUACGGGACCGGAAGGAAUGCCAGGAAAGCAAGGACCGCCUGGAAUUGGCGGGCGACCGGGUGAUAAGGGACCUAUUGGAAACCCCGGACCUCAGGGUUCAUCCGGUGCGCCAGGCUUGCCUGGACCUCCAGGACCUCAGGGACCUCUUGGGCAGACUGGCGAGCGAGGGCUUCGAGGUGAAACGGGUCCACAUGGAAUUGAUGGUCCACCGGGACCUCGCGGUAAACCGGGUCCGCCGGGGCUGGAAGGACCUAAGGGCGAAAAUGGCGAGCCGGGUCUGAAGGGUACCAAGGGGCAUCGUGGUUUGAUCGGUCUGCAAGGACUUCCGGGUCCUGCCGGUCCUCCUGGCGAUAAAGGAAACGUUGGCAAUGAAGGACCAGCUGGCAAACCGGGUGAGGCCGGUCCUCGGGGUCCACCUGGACGUGAUGGAUCACCCGGACUGCAAGGUAUGCUGGGAGCCGCUGGACCCCGUGGUCCGCCCGGUAACGAUGGCAAGCACGGACAGCCAGGUCCAGCGGGUCCCCCGGGUCCUCCGGGUCCACCAGGCGAUGGCGUUGGCUAUGAUGCUGCUGCCUUGGCCGCCCUCCUGGGUCAUGGUCAAAUGAGCAACACCAAGGGACCAGAUCCAAACCAGGGCGAUGAACCGAUGAACCUUGGCCGUGUAUUCGAACUAACCGACGAGGAACGCCAGAAGCUGGUUGAGAAUGCGUACGAAAAGUUAAAGUCCGCCUUCGCCACGUUUAAGAAACCGGACGGAAAGCAGGGUUCGCCGGCGAAAACCUGCCGGGAUCUGUUUGCCGCCCAUCCAGAGUUUAGCUCCGGUAACUACUGGAUCGAUCCGAACGAGGGCGAUGCGCGUGACGCGAUCCUUGUGUACUGUGACGCUGAAAAGAAGGCCUCUUGUGUGCUACCACAACCAAUGCGCACGAAGGAGCUCCAAUACGACGGUGACGAGCAGGAAGUGUGGUUGGGCGAGCUGAAGGACGGCAUGAAGAUCACCUACAAGUCGGACAGCAAUCAAAUCGGAUUCUUGCAACUGCUCUCCGCUAGCGCGUCCCAAAACAUCACCUACCACUGCAAAAACACAGUGGCGUACUUCAACAAAGCAACGAAUAGCUACCGCCAGAGUGUUAAGCUUUUGGCGUGGAACGACGCUGAACUGACCGCUCGGGGCCCGCAACGACUCCGCUACGAAGCCCUACAGGACGACUGCCAGCACCGAACGGCGCACUACGCCCAAUCGGUAUUGAGCUACAGCACCGACAAACCCAUGCGACUCCCGAUCAUCGACAUUGCGGUGCGUGACGUCGGAGCAUCCAACCAGCAAUUCUGGGUCGAGAUCGGAGCCGUAUGCUUCCAGUGA